CGGACAGUCAACGGACAAUCAACGGGUAUCAACAGACGACGACAACGAGUGAGACGAUGACGGAGUACCAGCAGUUGAACGGCGGAGUUCAGGAUGCUCCUGAGAGUUAUGAAUCAGCGCGCCUUGAGGACUCAGUUGUAUCUUUGCUCACACAGGAGCUCCAAAUCACUGAUGAACAAACCAUUGCUGCCAACUUGUACCGCAAAGCUGCUAAGCUCUUUGUCAACAAGAAGUUUGUGGAAUGCUAUGAGCAGUGCGACCAGCUGAAGAACGUUGUCACUACUCUGGGACGCGAGGGAAAGGUUAAUGACGAGAUAGUCACCAAUACCUGGUGCCUGUUUUUCAACGUUGUUGAUAUAAUCUUGACCAAAGGUCAAGGAAACGCCACACUUGAGCGUGAACUACUAUCCAACGAUUGGUUCGAGCAGCUGUACGAGAUGGAUGUACUUGUAGAUCCGAAGCUCGUGUAUCUGUUGACUUUGAUCAAAUUACACAAUGAGAAAACUAAUCUUGCACAGCUGAGACAACAGGUUGAGAUGUAUAUGAUGCGUCUAGCUGGGGACGACACUACCUCACAGAGCGUGACUGAGCUCCACGAGUUGUAUUUGCUCGAGUUGCUCUUCAAGAUGGGGGAGUUUGAAGAGAUUGAGCACAUGAUCAAGAUGGAUACCCAUCUACAGGAUCCAGAUGCUGUGCUCAAGAAGUUCCAGGAAAAGAAGUUGGAAUUUGAGAGGCAGGAGCAAAGGAGGAAAGACGAUGCUGAGAAGAAGAGGAAAGAGGCUCUUGCAAAGAAGAAGGAGAAGCAAAUGGCCAAUGAUAGGGCCAGGGAGAAGCAGAUGCUUCAGGAACUGGAAAAGGCCAAGGAGGUUUCUAUUGGGCAACAGAAGAAGGAUAAAGAGAGUAAAGCGCUAAAGAGGUAUUCUCAACAAUCUUCAAGAACAGCCUUUGAUAUAGUUAAACAGAGAUUAUCCUUUUUCAUGCACAAGAACACCAUAAUGGCUGUCUUCAUGUUAAUUGGACUGAUUGUCGCCUUGAAAGCCAACCCAUUCAUGAUUAAUCCAAAGUUGAGAAGAUGGACCAGAGCGUUCUGGGAAAAGCUCGGGUCCACAGUGGAGAUGGCAUUGAAAGUAACAUACAUGUGAGCAUACAUGUGAGCAUACAUGUGAGCAUACAUAGCUACAUAGAGCAUUGGAGAAACACACAUAAGAUCCAUUAAUUAAAAGCAAAGUCAUA